CCGUGCGUGCGUGCGUGCGUGCGUGCGUCGUCUCUAUGGUGGUGGCGGAUUCGGAGAGACGACGCUUCUAGAGACAGGAAGCCGAUUUGGGGCGGAUGGUGUGAACUCUUAGCUGGCCUGGGGUCUUCGGGGAGCCGAGCGGAGGGAGGAUGUUCCGCCGGGAGCGCUCCAUUCCCCUUCGAGGCUCGGCGGCCGCCCUGUGCAACAACCUCAGUGUGCUGCAGCAGCGCAACCUCACACAUUUUGGCGUAGUCCAUGGACCCAGCGCCCAGCUUCUCAGCGCUGCUCCUGAGGGGGUGCCCUUGGCCCAGCGCCAGCUCCACGCUAAGGAGGGCGCUGGCGUGAGUUCCCCACUUAUCACCCAGGUCCACUGGUGUGUCCUCCCUGACCGAGUAUUGCUGGUACUCGCCUCACAUCGAGGAAUACAGAUGUACGAGUCUGAUGGCUCCGUCAUGGUCUAUUGGCACGCACUGGACUCUGGAGAUGCCUCUCUAGUACAGGCUGUGUUUGCCCGAGGAAUUGCUGCCAGUGGUCACUUCAUCUGUGUGGGAGCGUGGUCAGGCCGGGUACUGGUGUUUGACAUCCCAGCCAAGGGUCCCCACAUCGUUCUGAGUGAAGAGCUGGCUGGACACCAGACACCAGUCACAGACAUUGCCACCGAGCCCGCCCAGGGCCAGGACUGCGUGGCUGACAUGGUGACAGCUGAUGACUCAGGCUUGCUGUGUGUCUGGCGGUCAGGGCCUGAAUUCAAAUUACUGACCCGAAUUCCAGGAUUUGGGGUCCCGUGCCCUUCCGUGCAGCUGUGGCAGGGGACCAUAGCAGCAGGCUAUGGGGAUGGGCAGGUGCGUCUGUACGAAGCCAGUACAGGAACUCUGCACGUCCAGAUCAACGCGCACGCCCGGGCCGUCUGUGCCCUGGACCUGGCUCCCGACGUGGGCAAGCUACUCUCUGCGGCUGAAGACACCUUUGUACACAUCUGGAAGCUGAGCAGAAGCCCAGAGAGUGGCUACAUUGAGGUGGAACACUGUCAUGGUGCGUGUGUGCCGGACACCCAGGUGUGUGGUGCCCGAUUCUGUGACCCCUCGGGCAGCUCCUUUGCUGUGACUGGCUAUGACCUCGCUGAGAUCCUGAGAUUCAGCAGCAUGUGAGAGAGCAGCAGCCCUCCUUCCCCCCUGUGGUAUUACUUAUAAAGUCCCCCCCCCCCAGCCCGUGUCUUGACUCCUCAGCAUCACAGCAUACUCACGUCCAGGUGAACCGAGCUCCAUGGUGGGGGGACGGGACGGGUCCCGACCAAGCCGAGAGGCAGCCGUCCAGAAGCAGGUGGAGGCUGCUGUUAAAUAGCUUUAAUGGCUGACGCGGGGUCACGAGGGCGGGACGUUCCCUCCCGGGGCUCUUCAGUGCCAUCCUCAGAGCCGGUUAGUGCAGGGGGGUAGGGCAGGGGUGGUUCCAGUUUUCUCCCAGGAAGGGUUUGGGGGGUCUCAGCCAGUCCUGGGAGCAAGUCCCUCAGCACCAUGGCAGCCACAGCUUAAGAGGGGCUUCUGCUCCCCUUCCCCAGCCCACCCCCAGUCCAACAAAGGGAGGGAGGCCAGGCUGGCCAGUCUGCUCCAAACAGCGCUGUACCUACAGCCAGCCGCACACAGGUCAUUUUCUCUUCGGGCCAGAUCCUGCUGCCAGCACCUUUCUCACACUGGUGACUGGAGCCACGUGUGGGGUGGGCCUUUGCUGCAGAGGCCUCUGGACCGUGGGGGGAGAGGGGCAACCGAGCGAGAAGCCCCAGGGGAGUGGUCUGGGGGGACAGCAUCCAGGGAGAAUGUUCGAGGUCUCCCCCAGGGCAGGGAAUGGAUCCGGGCUGGGGUUGGGGCCACUGAAGCAGGCGAGCAGGAGUCAGGCAGGGCAGGCCGGUCUGUAAACAUUGCUAGCCAGAGUGGGGGUGUCUCCAGUCUUGCACCCUCCCGCUGGGCCAGGAUGUCUGUCACCGCUGCGAUGUCAUCCAGCGGCUCAAUAGCUGUGGCACCAGGAAGGGGUUGAGGGGAGGGGGCUAGUCAGCGUUUAGGCCCCAGACCGCCCCAGCCCUGAGCAUCACCUGUCACUGUAGGAAAGCAAAGCCUGGAUCCCAGCCGAGAUCGUGUUAUCCUGCAGGAGCGGCCCCUCAUCUGGGCCCCCUGGGGCCACAGAUUCUGACAAGACUACGGGGUACGGGGGGCAGGGUAGACAGGGAGAUGGGGGUGGGCAGAAGUUGGUGAAGAAAUCAAGAAAGAGGAGAACGAAAGCAGAGCCAGGCAAGUGAAGGGUCAGAGGGAGAGACAGGAAUCCGCGUGCAGGAAGGGAAACAGAAAAGAAGAAAUUAGGAGAAGAAUCCGUGAAAUGAAUCUGGGUGUAUGGGGUUUUGUUUUGAACUUUCGUGGAGAUGGCGUUAAGAAGAGUUGGAGAAAAGAAAGGAAUACAACAGAACUGGUGGGACUUGGGUCUCCAGAGUUCUGCCUUAGCCCAAA